GGUGAGGGGGGCAGAUGGGGAGAUAGACUCUUAAACAGGUUCCACACUCAGGGGCCUCAAUCCCAUGACCCCAGGAUCAUGACCUGAGCCAAAAUCAAGAGUCAGAUGCUCAACCAGCUGAACCACCCAGUCUUUCCUAAAAGACUCUUUUAGAACACUUUUAGAUUUACAGAAAAGUUGAGUGGAAAGUCCUGGGAGUUCCCUUAAGCCCCCUUAGAAUACUCCCACCUUCCUGGUUUCCUGUUAUUAACAUCUUGCAUUUUUGUGGUUCACUUACUGCAGUUGAUGAGCCAAUAUCAAUGCAUUAUUGUUAACUAAAGUUUACAUUAAGGAUCACUCUUUGUGUUGUACAUAUUAUGGGUUUUGACAAAUGUAUAAUGACAUGUAUCUACUGUUACAGUAGCGUAUAGAGUAGUUUCACUGCCUUAGAAGUUCCCUGUGCGACUGCCUAUUCAUCCUUCCCCCUCUCUUCUCAAAUCAAAGGAUUUGAGGCAGCAAAGGAUCACUCUGCUGUCUCCAUAGGUUUGCCUUUUCCAGAAUGGCAUAUGAUUAGAAUCUUAUACUAUGUAGCCUUUUCAGAUUGGCUUCCUUUACUUAACAUUUAAGGUGCCUCCUUUUUUUUUUUUUUUUUUUUUUUUGGUGGCUUGAUAGCUCAUUUCCUUUUAUUGCUGAACAAUAUUCUGUAACCUGGAUCGGAGCAAUUUGUCUAUCCAUUCAUGCACUGAAAAACAAAGGAUUGCUUCCAGGCUUUGGCAAUUGCAAAUAAAACUGUAAACGUUCAUGUACAGGUUUUUGUAAGUUUUUAACUCAUUUGGGUGAAUAACAAGGAAUAAUACAAUUGCAGCAUAAAAUGGUAAGGGCUUGUUUAGUUUUGUAACAAACCACCAGAUUGUUUUUUCCAAGGUGGCUGUACCAUUUUGCAUUCCCACCUUGUGUUCCCACUGGCAGUUAAUGAGAGUUCCUGUUGCUCCGUCCAUACAUCCUUGCCAGCAUUUGGUGUUGUCAGCGUUCUGCCUUUUAGCCAUUCUAAUAGGUGUGUAGGGGUGUCUUGUUAUCUUAACUUGAAAUUGCCUGAGGACAUAUGAUGUUGAACCUCUUUUCACGUGCUAAUGUACCAUCUGUGUAUCCUUUCUGGUGAGGUGAUAUGGAAUAUUUAAAAACCAAAAUAUAAUUCUUUUCUUUUCUUUUUUUUAUAUAUGAGUGAGAGUGCACAUGCCUGUGCACACACAUGCACAUUGGAAAGGGGCAGAGGGAGGGAGGCAGAGAAUCCUAAGAAGCCUCCAUGCUCAGUACGGAGCCUGAUGCGGGGCUCAAUCCCAUGACCCUGGGAUCAUGACCUAAUCCAAAUCAAGAGUCAGAUGCUCAACCUACUGAGCCACCCAGGCGCCCCAAUUCCUUUCUUUAAAUAGUUAAAUGUAUCUCAGAAAAGUAUAGCAAAAAGGAGAUAAUAAAAAUUAAUAUGUAGCGUCACUUUUCAGAGGAAAAAUUGCUGGUAACAUUUUGAUGUUUUUUUCUUUGUGCAUAUACGUCUUUCUCCGUGUGUGUGUGUAUGCAUGUGAUAAACACACUGAAAUAGUGGAAUCAUGAUUUUUGUACGUUUCAUGUGUACUUGUACACAUUAACUUUUCCUAGGUCAUUCUUCUAUAGCAGUGGUCCUUGAAUGUUAGGAUUGUUUGAGGGAACCUUUAAAAUUUGUGAUGCUUAUGCUACACCCCUGUACAGUGAAGUCCAAAUUCCUGUAGAUGGACUCAGAGACCAGAUUUUUAAAAUUUUUUUAAACUUUUAUUUAUUUUUUUAAAUCUUUUUAACGUUUUGUUGAUUUAUUGAUUGAUUGAUUGAUUGAUUGAUUUAAGAGGCAGAGUGUGAGCAGGGGAGAGGCAGAGAGAGAGAGGGAGGCACAGGAUCCAAAGUAGGCUCACGGCUCUGAGCUGUCAGCACAGAGCCUGAGGCAGGGCUCGAACCCAUGAAUGCAAGAUCAUGACCUAAGCCGAAGUUGGACACUCAACUGACUGAGCCACCCAGGCACCCCUUUAAAACUUUUAAUUUCAAUGUAUAGUGAAGAUUGAGAACCACUGGUGUCAAUAUGUAAGAAAAAAUAUAAUUCCUCAAAGAUAACACAAAAUAUGUGAUACCCCAAACAGCGACACAAAGAUGUGUGGCGUGUGUGUGUGUGUGUGUGUGUGUGUGUGUGAGAGAGAGAGAGAGAGAGAGAGAGAGAGAGAGAGAGAGAGGGAGGUAAUGAUAGAUGGAUAGAGAGAUAUAAAGGAAAUCAAGGGAAUGGUUAACUACUGGAUUCAGGAUGUUUGUUAGUUUGGGAUGAAGCAGGGGGAUGGGUUGGUGGUUGCGGGGGACUGUAGUUAAAUGUAGAUUAUUGUUAAGGCCCUAGUUUUUGUUUGAGUGGUGCUUUGUGGUGUUUAUUAUUAAAAAGAAAUAUUGAGUGAAUAAAUAAAAGUGGGCCAUGGCAUGGACCAAUGACAAGAACUGAGGUCUGUGAUGAAAGCAGUUCUUUGUGCCAGGGGCCCAAUGAGGACAAGUAUUAAAGAAAACGAUUACAUCCCUCUUAUAAGUGUAUCUAGUGAGGUUUGAAUAACGGUGGUUUGAUACCCAAAGUCAUCCAUUUAAAAAAUGAACAGGCCAUUCCUGAGUAGCCAGAGAUUGUAUCUACUUGUUUUCCUGAAAUCAUACAUCCGCUCUGCUUUCCUCACAGAGGCUUAUCCUGUGCCAUUUGUCAAAAUAACAGAUAUAUGAUAAAUUUUGAUGAAUAAUUAUUCACUUUAAAUGAGUCUUUUAUUAGAAAUUCCUAUCUUAAUAAGUGGAAUGGGCUGAUGUUACUUCGCCCUGAUUAAAGGAGUUGUUGGGUUGUAUUCCUCUGCCAUCUGUCCUGUUUUCACCCCUUGAGCACUGUGCUGUAGCAAGAUGGAUCAGGGCGGACCUUGUUUUUAUUUUUUGUUUUCUGUUUUGCAACGUGGGGUAGAGGUGAUUGAGUAAAGGGACGCGGAAAUGGAGAACCCCUGCUGCAGGCAUCUUCUCAGGCAGGUCAGCUUUAGUGACAAGUACAUAUGGAAGUUAAGGGUCUGGAAAUUAAUUCUUUUAAGGCUGCCCGUGCCAGAGUAACCCCACAGGUAUGUGUACUUUCACAAUGUGCGUUCCAGGAUUCAGAAUGAUCUUUGGGGAGAGGAAGCAAAUGUGAGAAUGCGUAUAAAUGUGUGUAUGUAUGUGUACACAUACACAGACAACUGGCACACAGCAUAUUCACAAAUGUGGAAUUCUUUUUUACAUUGUUAGUCUGGUCCUUUAAAAUCCUUUGCUUUAUGUGAUUGAAACAUACAUAAGUACCAAUACGUAUAUAUCCUUUAUAAACAAAUAAAUACACAUGUAUUGGGCUAUGUAGUCAGAAUUUUUUUUAAGUUUAUUUAUUUUGAGAGAGAGCUAGCGAGCGAGCAGGGGAGAGGCAGAGCCAGAGGGCAAGAGAGAACUCCAGGCAGGCUCCAUGCUGAGUGUGGAGCCCAACGGCGGUGGGGAGUGGGGGGCUUGAUCUCAGGAACUGUGAGAUGAUGUCCUGAGCCCGAAUCAAGAGUCAGACGCUUAACCAACUGAACCAUGCGGGCACCCCUGUGUAGUCAGAAUUUAAGUUUAUUUUGAAAUAAUUUCGGACUCAGGAAAGUGUUGCAAGAAUAACACAGACAAUUCUCAUAUUCUUCUACCUGGAUUUCCCAAAUGCUAGCAUUGUACCACAUUUAGUUUCUCAUUCUGUAUUCAUAUUUUUUUCCCCCUGGACCAGUAAAGGGUACAGUGAAGUAUUUACCCCUAAAUAUUUCAGGGUAUAUUACUAAAAUCCAGGAUGUUCUAUUAUGUAACUGCAGUAUAGUGGUCAUAGUUAGGAAAUUAACACUAAUAACCUAUAGAUGGUGUUGUUCCCAAAUAUCAUGUAUUUCCCCUCAUCUCUUUCUGGCCCAGUGUGUAACCUGACAUCAUGCGUUACAUUCUAGUUAACCUGACUCUGGACUCUCCUCUGAUCUGUAAUAUAAUAGUUCCUCUGUCUUUCAUGAUCUUCACAUUUUACAGUACAGCUCCCUUAUAUAUACUAUAUUGGAGUAUGUGGUCUGAUAGGUUUACUGAUGCCAUAUGUGAUAAAAAUGCGAAGAGAAUGAGAGAAACAAGAAAAAGCUGUUGGUUGCUUUGCAGAAGUUAAGGACUGACGGUAGUAAGUCAAACUGAUUGCUCCGAUUUUCAUUUUCAAAACCAAUACUGUUAUCAGUGAGAUGGGGGACGAUGCAGAUUGAAUUUUAUGGAAACAUGAAUAUAGAAAGUCUUCUCUUCACUGAUCAGAUAUGGAAGAUAGAGCUGACUGAAGAUAAUGCCCUGUAGAUCCCCUUCCUUGUAUGGAAAGAGAAAAAUACUGGGAGAGAGCAAAGCUAACAGCAAGUACCUUUCAAAAACAUAAUUUUUUUUCCAGAAGAGUGGAAAUGGUUUCUCAGGAGCUGGAAAUGCAAAGAAUUGGAAAUAAACUCAGUAUAUACCUAAUACCUAUUUUGUGCUCCGAACUGCCCUAGGAAAUGGGGCCAGGGAUUGAAAGAACUGGGUGGGGGAACUUGAUUUGAGGAGUUCGAUUUAGAUAUUGAUGUGUCUCUAUCAAGUCUUCAGAGGGAAUUGUUAAAGGGCACGGUUUUGAUGGGAGGUUGAAAACUUGGUCUUUGACUCAUCUGAACUUUUUAAUUUAGUUUGCAAGUAUAGAUAUUCUCUUUAAAGAGAACAGGUAGUUAGGAUAAUUGUCAUGUUUUGUCCUCCAUUUGCAAGUAGUUUCUCGCUGUCAUGGAUUUGUAACACUAAUGUCUUAAAUUACCACCCAUAUGGAGAAUACAUUAUGGGUGGAUAUAUAUGCACAUGUUAUAGCACCUCUUCUCUGAAGAGCUGAAAACUUCACCCUGAAUUUUAAAACUAUACAUUUUUACAGAAAAGGCGUGAUGUCAGAGAAACCAGAAGCCUUUGAGUUUUGGAUCCUGUGUUUUACUUCCAGCCCUGGUUGAUCGUGCACCUUAGUUGUCCAAUUGAAAAAUGGGAAAGUGACAAAUAAGCCUUUAAGUGUGAGGACAAGGGAACUGCCUUUGAUUGGCCCUGAGAUCCAUUAUUUAAUGAUACAUUAAGGAUAUCAAAAGUAACAAAUGGGAAAGAAGAAAAACUGAGGGGACAGUUGGGAGGUACAGUAAGGAGAACACAUUGCUGGUGGAGAAUCAUUCAGUAAAUACAACGUUUAACCACAUUAGCACCAAAUGUCAGUUUUCUCUUUUCAUUAACUCUGUAGCCCUUUGAAAAGGGGAUGUGUAUGGUAAAUAGAAUAUGUAACAAAGGUAUUCAAUAUUAAUUGGGCGUUGUUGCAGCUUAGGUGUUGAAAACUGUGAGGCAAAAAUGGUGGUUAUACCUGAUUUGCACAGUCUCUGGCUCAUGCCUCUUAGUGGUGAGGCCAACGAAUUUCAACCCUUCAGGGAUUUCUAGCGGGAAGUGUGAAUUUAGACUUCUUUUCAUGUACUAGGAUGUCAGAGGUGUCUGCAUGAGGAGGCGGGCAAGGAAUUUACAGGAUCAUUUUUGGAGGUUCCUAUCUGUUAUACAGACCUGGGAGCUUGGAGUUUGCAAGAGUAUUAUUUUUAUCCUCAUUUUAUCUUCUGUGUUUCAAAUAUGAGAUUUUUGAGAAAUUGGGAAAAAAAAGUAUUAAGGCUUUGCAGCGCAGGGUAUUUUGGUUGACUGCUUCUGAGUGUUUUUAAAAACUUGCACAUAGCAUCUGUGAUCCGCUAUAUGAGAAUUUAUAGCAUAGCACUUUAUUUUUCCUGUCAUGACUUUUGUGAGAAAAUGUUUUCACUGUGCUUAGUGAUUUGCAGAAGAUUGCCCACAUUGAGUUUUGUUUUGUUUUGUUUUGUUUAUAACUGGUUAAUGCUUUGUAAAGUGAUACAUUUGGACUUUGAGGAUGGUGGUUUUCACAAGUGCUGAAGUCACUUUGUAUCAAGAAGAUACAGCCUAUCCUUUCGUUGUUUCUUAUUAACUGCUUCAGAGCCUUCCUGGAUAGCUAAGCAAAGCAUGUAUCUCUCUGUAGUUGAACGGUGUUCGUGCCGAGCUUCCCGAAAGCAGAAACAGCAGUGAGCUCUCGGUGAUGAAACCUGUUGGAUUUCUGGAGGAAGCAGCGUAGUCUCUGGCUUGUUAACUAGCAAUGAUUCAGGUCUUGCAGAUUGUAAAGGAUCUGGUGACACCAUCGAGGCAAAAAGCAGCCAAAGUCAAGGAAGAUUCGGACCAGGAUGUAGCCCUCAAACUUGCCCAGGAGCGAGCCGAAAUAGUUGCUAAAUAUGACAGAGGACGAGAAGGUGCAGAGAUUGAACCUUGGGAGGAUGCUGAUUACCUUGUUUACAAAGUCACGGACAGAUUUGGCUUUUUACACGAGGAGGAGCUCCCAUAUCAUAAUGCGGCUACGGAACGGCAAAAACAACUGGAAAUUGAAAGAACGACUAAGUGGUUGAAAAUGCUAAAAGGAUGGGAAAAAUAUAAGAACACUGAAAAGUUUCAUAGGAGAAUUUACAAAGGAAUCCCACUCCAGCUCAGAGGUGAAGUCUGGGCUCUACUUCUGGAGAUCCCUAAAAUGAAAGAAGAAACAAGAGACCUUUAUAGUAAAUUAAAGCACAGAGCACGGGGCUGUUCACCUGACAUCAGACAAAUAGACCUUGAUGUCAACCGCACAUUUAGGGACCAUAUUAUGUUUAGAGACCGUUAUGGUGUUAAGCAACAAUCCCUAUUCCAUGUUCUUGCUGCAUAUUCUAUUUAUAACACGGAAGUUGGAUACUGUCAGGGGAUGAGCCAGAUCACAGCUUUGCUCCUUAUGUAUAUGAAUGAAGAAGAUGCCUUCUGGGCCCUGGUCAAACUAUUCUCAGGCCCCAAACAUGCCAUGCAUGGCUUUUUUGUUCAAGGUUUUCCUAAACUCUUGAGAUUUCAAGAACAUCAUGAAAAAAUACUGAAUAAAUUUCUAUCCAAGCUUAAGCAACACUUGGAUUCUCAAGAAAUCUACACAAGUUUUUACACAAUGAAAUGGUUUUUUCAAUGUUUCCUUGAUCGUACUCCCUUUACACUAAACCUCAGAAUAUGGGAUAUCUACAUCUUUGAAGGAGAACGAGUUCUUACCGCUAUGUCUUAUACAAUCUUAAAAUUACACAAAAAACACCUAAUGAAACUGUCCAUGGAAGAACUUGUAGAAUUUCUUCAGGAGACCCUGGCAAAGGAUUUUUUCUUUGAAGAUGACUUUGUAAUAGAGCAACUUCAGAUUUCUAUGGUAGAACUGAAGCGCGCAAAAUUAGACCUCCCAGAACCUGGUAAAGAGGAUGAAUACCCACGGAAACCUUUGGGACAGCUUCCACCUGAAUCUGCUGGCAUCAGUCACCUGAGCAACGGACAAAGAAGCAUGGGCAGGUCAAGUCCCCCCCUGAACAGCAGAAGAGAGAGCAACUCUUCACCCCACAAAAAGCAUGAGCAUUCCCCUCACCAUCAAGGUCGAGUUGGCACACCAGAAAGAGUAAGGGCGCUGAGAAAGAAAUCCGUGGACGAAGACAGUAAAAAGCUUAAAGACGAAGCAGAUUUGCAAAGAAAACUUCCGUCGGGCCCACAAGACAGUUCGAGGCAAUAUAAUCACGCAGCUGCUAACCAGAACAGCAAUGCCACUUCAACUGUCAGGAAGGAAUUUGUGCCCAAGUGGAAUAAACCGUCAGAUACUUCAGCUAUUGAAAAAACUGCCAAAUAUGCCAUCGAAGGCAAAAGUAGGUCAGCACACCCCUCGCUCACAGCCACCGUCCCGAGUUCUGCUGAUACUCGGAUGUCGAACGUGAGGCAAAAGAUGAAGGUUUGGGAUGUCGAUGAAGGGAAACGGGGCUCCAAUGCAUCCCAGUACGAUAACGUGCCUGAGAAUGAUAACAGCGCGUCGAUUGAAGAGGCGCUAGAAAGAGCUUACUGUCACAGUCCCAGGAAGCACGUGGAGCCAGGGUCUAGUCCAUCAAGAGCCUCAAACAAGUUUACUUUUAAAGUGCAGCCUGCAGGUUACACAAAAUACCCGUCUCCGUUAGACGGGGAAGAUCGCAGGACAGUGCACCCACCCUCCUACAGUAACCCCCCUGUGUACCAUGGAAAUUCUCCCAAACACAUCCCUGCUGCCGACAGCAGCUUUGCAUCUCCACAGUUUACCCAUGGGACUCCAGGGAAUCCUUCCAGGAGACCUUAUGGCUCUACUCUUUCAGUCGAUAUUUCUCCAGAGAAAUCUUACAGCCGCCCUCUUCCUCUUGUCCUGCCAUCCAGCCGAAUAGAAGUUCUUCCUGUGGAGACCGGUGCCGGGGGGUAUUCAGGCAAUUCAGAGUCACCAAAGAAUGGGAAAUUCAUCAUUCCUCCAGUGGAUUAUCUGCCGGAUAACAGAAAAUGGUCAGAAGUUAGUUACACAUACAGACCUGAGACUCACGGACAGCUGUGGACUCAAGAUGCUAACCGUAGCCACUUGAGCAAGUUACCAAAAUAUUCCGCCUUUCAGCAUGUUCCCUUUCAGGACCAUAGCCUCCCAGCAGUCUCAGUAGAUAGUCCAGUGCGAUACAGAACUUCACCAGGUUUAGAAGAUGCCGGUUCCUCUGGGUAUCAAUAUUCAGGGCCCUCGCCUCCAGGAUAUCACUACAGAAAUCGGGAUGGACUUUCUAUUCAAGAAUCAGUAUUGCUGUGAGAAUUUAUCUAUACUUGGUAAAGACAAGAGAAUAGAAACCAUUUGAAACCUACAUUGCUAUGUUUAUAAUUGCCAAAGCAGUAUUUCCUACUACUGUAAACAUCUCGCACAAUUCCAGUGUAUGCUAGUAAUAAGAAUAUGUAGAAACGUUUCAUCCCCGUGUAGAUGCUGCUUAAGAUGAGCAGUUUUUAAAUUGCAUCAUCACUGAAUCUGCUCAAAAGAAUUUAAGAUGGAAACAUAGCAGUGGUGUUGAGGGAUGCACACAUGAUGAUAAUUCAUCACUCAGUUUCAUUUAUAUCUUUCUCCAAAACCUGAGCAUUUUUACUCCAUUAGCCUAUGCUAUUUUGAGAAACAUUAUAAAGCACUGAAAAACUGCAUAGAAUAGACAUUUUGAAGGCUAGAUAUAGUGUACGUAUCUUUUAAUAGAUACCAAAAGGCUCCGUGCACACACAUUUGAACACAAAACUAAAGAAACGUUAAAAAAACUAAUUUUAAUAUAUAGCCAUGGGAUAAUUUACUGUUCUUCCUUUCCUUAACUUAUCUUCCACUCAAGUUCCUCCCCCACCCCCCCACCCCAAUCUGUUUUUCACCCAGGUCCUAAAGUGAUGUAAGGGUCUGCCCCGACUUGAUUCAGCUUCUCUGCCAUUGCAGCCAUUUUCUUUCCAUCUGAAAAUUAAAGACACUGGAGAGCAAGGCUCACCACUUAAUGGUGCUUAAACAUCGGGGCACUCAAAGUAAGUUUAUGGCCAAAGGCGCGGCCGCCCUGCCCGUUGCAUCCACGCACCCUGAGAUCAGUGUCAGAGCAGCUUCAGUGCGUUCGGCGCCCUUUGUUCUGGUCUGACUCUUGCAAAGCUCAGAGCAGAAUGCUCCUUGCCAGACGCAAAGGAAGUGCCGAGGUCCUGCUCUCCAGUGGAUGCCAGCAGGAGGAGUUACUGAUGAGUGCGCGCUCACGUGGGGCAGCAGAGCAGCCUCCUGUGGAGUUCAUGCGAAAGCUGGUCAGCAGUAUGGUGACUUCUCACUUCUGCCCCUUCGAUUCCUGCAGGCCCAGGCCGUUCAUUUACACGAUCUUUUCCUGGCACUCUUUCUUUAAAGGCCCUAGUGGGUAUCACUGCCCUUGGGCCACUAAAUUAUCACUGUGUAAAAUUGUAAACAAUGGUCCUAAUUAUUAAUAGCAGUCUUAAGAUUUUAGUCUUUUUUAAAAACGAGUGUGACUUUCAUACUUUCAAAAAUCUCCUUUUUUUCUUUCUCAGUGAAAAAAAUUCAGGUUCAUGGUUUAAAAAUGAGCAAUGUCUUUUAAAAUACUCUAUUACACUACAAUUACCAAAAUGCUGGCAAAGUUUUGGGCACUCCCAGAAAGUAUGACUUUGUGUUUAACGGGAGAGCUCGUUUUCAGCAUACUUGCCUGGUGUUUGAAUAAUGAAGAGAGUAGGAUAAACCUAACGUCCAUGGCUCUUCUUGUCCCAAGUUGGAGCUUUAAACUUUCAAGGUACCAAAGUAUAUCUUUUCAAAUGAGAGUAACAUUUGUUUAGCUAGUGAAUGUGACAAUAUUUUUUAUGUAUAUAAUGAGUCUAAUGUAAUUUUAAUCAACUCAGUAAUGAUGUUAUUAAAUGGCAAAACAAAUGCAGUGUGUUAGCAGCUAAGCACUACGCGGGAGCACAGACAAAACCCUGCUGUCCCUGGGCUCUUGAUUCGGAUCAUGUGGAGGCUUAGAAAGACAUGUAUAUAAUGAAAUGCAGCUAAGGAUAUUAGUUCGAAUUUUUAAACCAUGAUUCUGUGACUUGUAAUAAACCAAGCUGUACAAUUUAGGGUAUGAUGGCAGCAUCUGAGCUGUUCCAAAAUAUAUAUGUCAACAGUGGUAAAUACUGUAGAUUUAUAUAUAUAUAUAUAUAUAUAUACAUAUAUAUAUAUAUGCAGAAUAUAUAUAUACACUAUUUUCUUAUGUCAUCUAUGACAUUUUUAUCUGUAUACUUUUUUUGAUGUGAUUGUUUUUAACAUGCUAAAAGUAAUAAGUAUAUUUUGUUUUGUGUCUUUCACGUGCUUUUUUCAUAUGAUAAAAGUGCUGCGUCUCUGAUGCUUCUGAAGCUAAUUUUCUUUUCAUUGAGGAGAUAUACUACUCAGUGUUUGCCUACAUGACUAUAUAUAUAUAUAUAUGUAUAUAUAUAUAUCACAGUCGUAUGUUAAAUACUUUAUUAAUUUCCAGGAGUGCUGUAUUUAGAACUACAUCACCUUUGCUUUACUUUGUCUGCCAUUAUUAAUAGCAAUAAGGUAUUUCCAGUCUUCCCCACUAUAAAAUGUAGCUCUCUCUCCAUUAGUUUUUCAAGUAGUAAACUUUAAUUUGAAGUUAUUUUGCUACCGUAGCAUUUUAGUCUUUCAUAUUUAUCUUGUAAUAAAAGAUAAAUAAUGGAAUAAUGAUAAAAGAUGAAGUAAUAUUAGUAAAGUGGGUUAAAUAUAAUCGUGAAACUGUAUUUGGUGAGGGUCCUCACAGAGCAGAGGCUGAUCCUUACAGCUGCACACGCUGUAAAUAUCUUGCCAUUAUCCACUCUUUUCCUUAUAGCAGUCUUGCCUCACAAUAAGCACUUUGGUAUAUUGUUUCAAUAUCUAGUUUGAAAAGUUAAAGAGACUGGACCCGGAGUCUCAAAGGGUUUUAAAACUUUGACUCUUUCAGUUACUUACACUUUUUAUUGGAUUUUUAAAAAAUAGACAGCUUUUUAAAGCUGAGAGAGAUGUGUAUACAUAAAUGUAAAGUCAGAUUUCAAAGUACUAAAGGGGAAGAAAAAUUAUUUUUUCUUCCACCCUGCCGGGUUCUCCAGCCACAGCCUAUACCUUGGUCUGACAGAAGCAGAUCAACAAGAGAAAAACAGAAGCGUUCUCACAGGUGCAUCCUGCAUUCACACGGUGCCCAGCCCUGAGUAACUCAGCGGAGGGCUGGACUUGGGGUGUGUGCAGCUAACUUAGCAGGGAGUGGGAGGGAAGAAAGAUACUCCCGGGAAGACAAGUGGCCCUGAGAGAAGUGAUGGGCGAUGGGAAGUGCGUGGUGGUGUCGGGGUGUGGUGCUGGAGAGAGCAGAGUGGCCUGGAGAUGGGAGUUGUGACAGUUGAGACUUUUGGGGAGACUCUCGGGCAGAUAAGCGACUGCAGGAACUGAGAUGCCUCUGGCUCAGAGUCGUUCUUUUGCGAGAGUGGUGUCUUUUGGGGUGACGUGUCCUGAUCCCCCUCAGUGGCAAUGAUAGAGUGUCUCCUGAAAGAACGAAAAGAGAUAGAACAGGACGUUUCUGGAGAAGAAAAAUAGAUGGUGGUGUGAUUGCUUUCGCCUUUUUCACUUUAAGGAGAUUCUAAUACUAAAGUUUAUGUCAUACUCAGUGUAAUCUUAACAGCGAGGUUUCCUUUGUGUCAUUUCGGGUCUCUCCCUCAGGGCCCAUUGAGGUGCGAGCACAGAAACAGUGACUUUUCAGUACUUUGCUGGGAUUGCUUUCUGGAGAAACACAUGCUCUGCCCACAAAUAGGGAUUUAUUCACAGAGGACAUACAGCUCCGUCUUCUGGGAAUGUUAUCAUUCUAAGUUGUCUUUUGAUUCACCCCUUUUAGUAUGCAUUUGAUUGUGGAUUAAUUAUAAUUUCAGUUUGGGGAUCUUUGUUUGAUUGUCCUUUAAUGGAUUUUAUAUGUCCCUCUGUAAUAUGGAUAUUAAUGCUUAUUGAUCAAGCGGUUUUAAUAAGCCAAACUUUAUUUUUUCAGUGACCCAAGGUAGUGAGACUAAAAAGAAAGAAUUCCACUUAACAUUUAGUUAUGAAUUGUUCUUUCAGAAGGAUUUUCAUUUAUCUGAAAAUCUAAGCCUAAUUGCCACCAUUUUAUCCAUAAGAGCACUGAGGCAUAAAGGAACAAAUUUUAGAUUUCAUAGGAGUGUAUCUUGACCCUUGCUACUCUUUAGAAUUAUCUGGGGGAACUUAACAAAAAAAUGUUCUUCUUGGUUUCUACCCUAGGCCACUUCAAUCAGAACCUGGGGUGAAACCCAGGGAUCAGGUAAUGGUAUUUUUCACCCGUUCAGUCAGCUAAGCUCUUUUUUUUUUUUUUUUUAAUAUUUAUUUAUUUGUGAGACUGAGGGAAACAGGGCGCGAGUUGGGGAGGGGCAGAGAGAGAGAGAGACACAGAAUCUGAAACAGGCUCCAGGCUCUGAGCUGUCAGCACAGAGCCCAAUGUGGGGCUCGAACCCAUGAACCUUGAGAUCAUGACCUGAGCCGAAGUCGGGUGCUUAACUGACUGAGCCACCCAGGCACUCCUCAGCUAAGCUCUUAAUAAAUAAAUAAAUAAAUUAAUUAAUUAAUUAAUACUAAUAAUAAAAAUAAAUAAAAAUCUCUCUAAAUUUGAUUGUCUUAUAUUCUCACCAUGAACUGUCUCAAAAGUUCUUAACAGAUCGGUUUUAGGGUUUAGAAACUCUGAUUUCAGGUAAGUUAGGAAAAAUUCUACUGGAAGGAUUAACUUUCCAGCCAUCUCUGUAAAUUUUGAUGAACUACUGGCAGUUGUGGAAAGUAUAAAUGGCUUCAAAUGGAAGGCGGCAUGACCCUGGACCUUCUCUCAUUAUACUUUACAGUAGUUCUUCAAAAUAGGUAGAGUCAUAGUAAGGUUUCCAUUUUCCUGGACAACCUCUAUCAUUUUCCUUAAGUGGACAUGUUAAAAAUAGGCCUAAGCUGCAUUUGCAAACCUAAGUGCAUUUUCCCUAUGUGAGGAGCUGAGAAAAUGUGCACAGUCUGGUCAUUCGCUUGGCCAGUCAAUAUUUUAUUGAGCGCCUACAGUGUAGUAUGGUCCUCGGGACCAUGCUAGGCUCACGCUGCAAGGUAGGAGACAUCGUUUUUAAUCUCUGUGCCUCCAUCCAGUGUGGGAGAUGUGCACAGGUGAUUAAUACAGACGUAGAAAGGCCACGCACGGCUCAGGAGGGUCAGGGGAGGCCAAUGGGGGUGGGGUUGCCUCCAUUGCUGAACCUGAGGACUAGUAGAGUAGACUUUGCAGAGGGGAUAUGGCAUGAGGGUUACGUGGGGGACGUCUGACGCCUUGGUGAUGUGGGGGGUGGGGUGGAGUGUUCCACAGAGAGACCAGAUGAUGGGGGCCUUCUAUGCCAUUGAACUGGAUCCUGGAAGCCAGUUUUGCCUUGGGUAUAUUCAUAUUUCCUGUGUGGUCUCUAGAGGCUACGUGGCAGUGAGCAAGCGAGCCUGGAGAAGGUUAGGAAGACUGCCCCAAAUGGUCAGUCUAAAAGUAGUACAGCGUAAGACCAGGGAAGCACUUUCAAAGAAAAGGUGAUUGAUCUGAGAGCUAAUUACCAAGUAAAGUUGGCCAGACUUAAUAAUUGUCUGAAUGUAAUUAUAAUAAUCGUAAGAAAACUAGCGCACUUUCCUGAACGCUUGCUGUGUGUCUGGCCCUGUGCUUACGAAUUUAACCUGUGUUAACCUAUAUACUUCUCACAAUAACUCUGUGAAGUGUGUUCCCUCUAAGUCCUUGUUUACAGAUGGGAAAAUGAAGGCACAGGGAGUUGACGUAACUUUGCUCCAAGUGACGGCCGGUUCAAGUCACAGAGCCAGGACAUGAAUCCACGCAGACUGAAUCUAGAGCCUGUGCGCACCCCAACUGAACAGUUUUAAGAAGGUGUCACUUUUUUUUUAAAGUGUAUUUAUUUUGAGAGAGAGAGAGAGAGAGAGAGAGAGCAUGUGCGCACAUGAAUGGGGGAGGAGCAGAGAGAAAGAAUCCCAAAUGUGGGAUUCAAACUCAAGAACUGUUGGCAUCAUGACGUAAGCUGAAAUCAAGAGUUGGCCAUUCAACUGACCGAGCCACCCAGGUACCCCAAGAAGGUGUAUUUUACCUGCCAUAGAAUUCACCCAUAUAAAUGUACACAUCAAAGGGUUUUUUUUAGUAAAUUUACACAGUUACGCAACCACUGAAACAAACACAAUUUUAGAACAUUUCCAUUACCUCAAAAAGAUCUCUUGUACCCAUUUGCAGUCAGUCUCCAUUCCUGCCCCCCCUCCCGCCCCCCGCCUCAGGCAACCACUAAUCCACUUUCUGGUUUGUCAUAUAAAUGGGAUCAGACAAUAUGUGGCUUUUUGCAUAAUGAUGUGGAGUUUCACCCACGUCAUAGCAUGUAUUAGUGAUUCCUUUUUAUUGCUGAACAGUAGCCCAUUGUGUGACUCUAUCACAUUUUGUUUACUCACCAGGUGUAGACAUUUGCAUUGUUUUCAUAUGCUGCUAUGAGCAUUUGUGUGCAAAUCUUUGUGUGAAUAAGUUUCCAUUUCCCUUGGGAGUGCUAUUGCUGACCUUUGUGGCAAAUUUAUGUUUAACUUUCUAAGAAAGUGCCAGACUCUUUUCCAAAGUGUUUACACCAUUUUAGAUUAGCAUCAGCAUUGUGUGAGGGUUCAAAUUUCUCCACAUCCUCACCAACACUUGUUUUUUUGUUGUUGUUGUUUUUUUUUAUUGUAGCCAUUCUAGUGAUAUCUCAUUGUGGCUUUGAUUUGCAUUUCUAUAAUAGCCAAUGAUGGUGAACACCUUUUCUUGUGCUUCUGGGCCAUUCAUGUAUCUUCUUGGGUGGAAUGUCUGUCCAGAUCUUUUGCUCACUUUUUGAUUGGGUUAUUUUCAUAUUAUUGAAUAGUAGGAAUUCUUAAUAUAUUCUGGAUACAAGUCCUUUAUAAGACAUGAUUUGCAGUAUUUUUUCCCAGUCUGUCUUAUGGUGUCUUUUGUGUUACAAAUGCUUUUAAUUCGAAUGAAGUUCCAUUUUUUCUGGUUUUUUUUUUCUUUAUGAAUCAUGCUUUUAGAAUUUUAUCUGUCUGCCUAACCCAAGGUCACAAAGGAUUUUCUCCUUUGUUUUAUUCUAGAAGUUUUAUAGUUUCAGCUUUUGCAUGUGAGUGUAUGAGCCAUUUUGAAUUAAGUUUUGAGUAUGGUGUGAGG